ACACACCACUUCGAGUUUGGAGAACUGAAACUGUUAAAAAAUUUUAAGACACAAGAUCCUACUAAGCCAUGAAUGAGAUUGGAGAAAGUGACAUUGAAAGCUUCGUUUCAUCUGGUGAUAUAGACGGCCUUGCUGUAUUUUGUGAAGAAACUGAACUAAAAUCUAUAAAUUGUCAUCCUGUACCAGAUGUUUACUCAAGUCUUUUGGCAGUAUAUUUGUUAAAAAAUGAAUUGGAUCAUGCAAAGUUACUUUGGAAACGUAUUCCUGGUGAUGUAAAAGUCAGCCAUCCAGAGAUUGGAAAGUUGUGGGAAAUUGGUACUAAACUUUGGAUUCAUUCAUUCAGUGACGUAUAUUCACUUAUUAAGGACACAACUUGGCCAACUCACAUAGUUCCUAUACUGGCUAUGUUAAACGAAAAAAUUAGAAGUCGUGUUCUGCAACUAAUUGGAUGUGCUUAUUCAAAUAUCAGCCUCAAUCAAUUUUGUGUGCUGCUUGGACUUGAGUCACAACAAGCAUUAGAAGUUGCUGCACAACAAAGAUGGACAUUUGAUGAGAAAGUAUCUGUAAUUUACCCAAAGAAGACCAAAUCUAGCACAAAGGAAAUUGAAGAACCCCAGGCCAGAUUAGCUGAAUUAGUUGACAUUGUUUCAUUUUUGGAAAAUUAGUGUUGGACCAUAUACAUUUCGUCAUUACAUGUGCAUGUAGAUCUAUUUGUGGUAAAAUCAUAGUAUGACUAAGUAAAAUACACAUUGUGUCACUAUGAA